ACAAAGGUCGCUAUGGAGUAUUGCAUCAGGUUCGCGAUUCUUUUUCUCUUCUGCGUCGCAAUCUCGUGCGGAAAGAUCACCUACAAGAGUCUGAUGGGUUCACCGAGCGAAUUCCCGCAGCACGUCACUCCGUCUCCGUAUGACUCUGCCGUCAGUUCGUUGUCCUACAUGCCGCCCUGGGCUUCUAUAUCGGUUGGAAAUCCUUACGUCACCACAUUCGAGGUCGAUGCUGUUGAUUACGUAACUGUUGCCGUAGUCACUGAAAGUGCAUCAGACUUUCAGCUAAUGAAAAUGGUGGUUAGCGACCCAAACAGAAACGAGGUAACGCCCACGCUUCAAACUAACGAGUCAAUAGGAAUGGAUGGACUCACUUAUCCGACGCUAACGAUGGCAUUUGUACAACCGAUGGCAGGACAGUGGUGUAUUGUGAUAUCAACCAGUUGCUCUGACGUCAAACAUGCUGCAGUGCUCGUCGGUUAUUCGGGUUCACUGAUAUGGCAUUCGGCUUUCGAUACACAUGAGCUGCUGACAGGCAACACAAUCAAUGUUUAUGCUGUUGCAACAGACCAAGCAGGAUUAUUAGCGAGACAAUCAGGACAGAUGCCGAAGUCAAUGGAAAAUGCAAUCGUGGAAGACGCUAGUGUGACUCUGUUUAAUCCGAAUGAUACAACUUGCGUGAGGAAAAUGGAGCCAAGUUUGACUGAUAAUGGUGAUAAUGCAAAAACGCUUUUGUUGACUAUACAGCCUACGGUCGCAGGAACGUACAGUAUGUGGACGACUGUUUCUGGAAAGAUAUUGAGUGGUGACAAGUCAGCUAAGUUUCAGCGAUCGUCGUGGAUGAUAUUUCGUGUUGUCGACAAGUCACUAAGACUUACUGGAAAUGCACAUAUUCAUAGAGAACACUUUCCUCUUCUAUCGCAUUCGACCAUGUUUUCAGAUUGUCAGAAGCCGCAUUUCUGGGUAGCUAUAUCUGUUGAACCUGAGGCCUCUGUGAACAAGGUUUACAGAGUGUACGGUCAAGUGUGGGGGAAGCAUUUCAUAGUCGGUUCGGAUGUUGCUGUUGCUUGGGUUAGCGGAAUGUCUGAUGUAUUGCAUGAUGAUACGCUUGGUAAUGUUGUGUCGCUUCGUUUGGAUGUGGAAUGGUUAUUAAAGACUUGGGCAUUUCCUCCAUAUUCUCUUCGGCAAGUUAGAAUUGAGGAGGUUGACAGUUUUAUUACGGUAGCCAGUACAGAGGAUGUCAAAAUAGAAAUGUCUGAGAGCCUGUCGAAUGAAGUCAAGGAUAUUGUCUCUACAAAUGGAUCAAAGCUCGAGAUGUGCACAUUUCAGUCAAACUAUCCUUUGUCAAACAAUUCAAAGAGAUUUGAUGAAAAUGGAGGGAAGCUUAUUUUAGUCCACGGUUAUUGUGCACAAGAACGAACAUUUCCAGAGUCUGACUUUACAGAUGUUGCAUACUUUGAAGAUUUUAAGCAGUCACGAACAACAGAUGAAUUUGCUCGUCUCAUUCAAGAAUUUGGAGAUCAAUUUGAGUCGUUUGGACUUGCCUCACACUCACACGGUGGUGCAGCAUCUCUUCACUUGUAUACCUAUUAUGAAAGUGGGUUGGAUAAAGCUAGUGGUGAGCGUUUGCUUCAGUCAGUUGGCACACCAUACCAUGGCUCCCCUCUUGCAGAGCUGCUGGCCGCUAUUGGAAAGCUGAUUGGCAUUGGUUGUGGACCCAACCCAGAUUUGUCCUAUGACAGUAUGGAACGCUGGCUAGCAGCCAUUCCUGCUGAUAAGCAGCAAGCUGUACAUUACUAUACAACACAAUACAAGACUGGAGGUUUGGUCAACUACUGUCUAUUGCCCAGUAACUUGAUUUUAUCCUGGCCAAACGAUGGCUUAGUUGAGAUAAAAAAGACGGAUUUACCUCAUGGACAGCCUGCGGGUCACAGAGAAGGUGAGUGCCACACAACUGGUAUGAACUGGCCGCCGCAAACACGAAAUCCUGAAAGAAAUGAGGAAAUUAAUAGACUGGCAGCACGCUGAACUGUUUGUAUUGGAUAUUAUCCAAUAUUUUGAUAGACAAAUUAAUGGUUUGAGUUUUGUUUUUAUGUGUUGCUUAGACAUUAUGAGGCAUUGUUUGUACUGCUGCUUAUGUCUAUUUGAGAUUUUUAUUGGUAUUGAUUUUGAUCAAUUAAAUGGCAGUCUUUGUUGACUAUUGUAUUUAUAGUAUUGUUAUGACAGCACUUUAUAU